UCUCCAUUCGUCCGUCACAGUUGUUUCACAUAAUCCUUUUGAAUGUUUCACUUCACUCAGAUGAAAAUCACUAAUAUUUUUUAAUAAAAAAACCAAAAGGCAUCUGAAUCCGUUGGAUGCAUCUAAGGGCAGAAAACCCCCCCUGAGUGCUUACUAAUGUUAUCUGCGGGAAACAAACGGUUUGAGGAGGCAGCAUAAAAAAAUGGCAGUGAGAAUGAACUGUUCCUUACAGAACACACUCUCCAUUCUUUCACUCCGUUCCAAUUCCAGUGUUUCACACUUCAAAUCCAGCAAACCCUAUUUUCAUUUCCCUUCUUCUCGAAGAGCAGCUUUUUUCUGCAAAUGCGCCACUUCCUCAAAUGAUGACCAACCCUAUGUCAUCACAACCCCUCUUUACUACGUUAACGCCCCUCCUCAUAUGGGUAGCGCCUAUUCCACUAUCGCUGCCGACGCCAUUGCUCGCUUUCAGCGGCUAUUGGGAAAGAAAGUUAUAUUCAUUACUGGCACCGACGAACAUGGUGAGAAAAUUGCAACUGCUGCCUUGGCUCAAGGUUCCACCCCUACGGACCAUUGCAAUCUCAUUUCACAAGCUUACAAGACGCUUUGGAAUGAUCUAGAUAUUUCGUAUGAUAAGUUCAUUAGAACAACAGAUAGCAAGCAUGAAGCAGUUGUGAAGGAAUUUUAUUCGAGAGUGCUUGCCAAUGGUGACAUUUACCGAGCUGAUUAUGAGGGAAUUUAUUGUGUCAGCUGUGAGGAAUAUAAGGAUGAGAAGGAACUGCUUGAAAAUAAUUGUUGUCCGAUCCACCUUAAGCCUUGUGUUUCAAGGAAAGAGGACAAUUAUUUUUUCGCACUGUCAAAAUAUCAGAAGUCAUUGGAGGAAAUUUUGAAUAAAAAUCCAAAUUUUGUGCAGCCAUCUUUCCGUUUACACGAGGUUCAAACCUGGAUCAAUAGUGGCCUGAGGGACUUUUCCAUUUCCCGAGCAUCCGUUGAUUGGGGCAUACCUGUUCCGAGUGACAAGACUCAGACUAUAUAUGUAUGGUUUGAUGCUUUACUAGGCUACAUAUCAGCACUAGCUGAUAACCAGGAGCAACCUGAUUUACUAAACACCGUUUCUUCAGGUUGGCCAGCUACACUGCACUUGAUUGGUAAGGAUAUUCUACGUUUCCAUGCUGUUUAUUGGCCAGCUAUGCUAAUGUCUGCUGGGCUAAGCCUUCCCAAAAUGGUAUAUGGCCAUGGAUUCUUGACAAAGGAUGGUAUGAAGAUGGGCAAGUCACUAGGAAAUACGCUUGAACCAAACGAUUUGGUUAGUAAGUUUGGGACAGAUGCAGUUAGAUACUUCUUCCUCAGAGAGGUGGAAUUUGGCAAUGAUGGGGACUAUUCAGAGGAACGCUUCAUCAAUAUUGUAAAUGCACAUCUUGCCAAUACAAUUGGAAAUCUUCUUAAUAGGACUCUAGGACUUCUGAAAAAGAACUGCCAAUCAACACUGCCAGUGGACUCCACGAUGGCUGCAGAAGGAAAUGCAUUCAAGGACAAUGUAGCAAGGCUGGUUGAUAAAGCUCUUAUGCACUAUGAAAAUCUCUCCCUGACAUCAGCUUGUGAGGCUGUUAUGGAGAUUGGUAAUGCUGGUAAUUCCUAUAUGGACGAGCGUGCCCCUUGGUCUCUCUUUAAGCAAGGAGAUACUGCUUCUGAAGCAGCUGCCAAGGACCUUGUAAUUAUAUUAGAGACAGUGAGAAUUAUUGCCAUUGCACUAUCUCCUGUUACUCCGAGCUUGAGUUGGAGAAUAUAUGCACAACUUGGCUAUUCCAGGGACCAGUUUGAUGCAGCAACCUGGAGAGAUACCAAGUGGGGUGGACUUGAGGGUGGCCAGGUCAUGGCUCAAGCUCAACCGAUCUUUGCUAGGAUUGAAAAUCAAGCUGAAGUGGAAGACAAAGGGGUUGCAGUCGGUAAGAAGACUCUGAAAAGUAAAGGGAAGUCGAAACAAGCUCAAGAAGUUGUUGGAGCUUAGAUGCAUUGCCCUAUUCUGAUUUUUUUUUUUUUGUUUUCACCAACUUCUUGAAUGUAAAACUAAUUCUUUUGCUAAUAUGUGUAACACAAAUAUUUAUAUAUAGGAACAUAGUACAUGCAUGUGAAAGAAUAUUUACGUGCAUUAUGCAUGUGCAUGUAUGGAAAUUUUGAAUAGAAAUUUCGAUUUUUUUCUUUUUGGGAA